UUCACAAUGAAGCUCCAUGACGCGACCGGGAAAGGUUAAUGUUCAGUCAAAUCGCCCAUCAAUAAGGACGCGGAGGUUUUCAUACUUCAUUUUACAUCUCGUUAGAUCUCAUUAUAUCUAGCCUUUUGGCUCUCCGAGUGGUUAAGUGGUACAUUUUAAAAGUCGCGUUUAACGCCCCCCCCCCCCACACACACACACACACUUACGGCCGAAUGCUCGAAUGUAUGGUAACUGAUAACUGAACUAUUAACACACUCGGUGAUGUGCUGUCUUUUUUUUUGUUGUUGUUUGAAUGUUUUAAGGGGUUGCGGCGUCAUCGCGCUCCAUUUGACCGUGUAGGUGUGCGAGCGCACUUCCGGUGAAUCCAAGGUUGUUUCCGUCUUUCUCUUUCCCGUCACUCGUUCACUGGUCACGCACGCUGAGUUGCGACGAGCUCGUCCAAGUCGUCCUUUAAGUGUCGCUGGUGCCGUCCCAACAUUUGGUUUUGCUUCUCAAGUUGUUUGCGCUCGUUUUAUUUCCACUUUUGUGUUGGUCUCGCGAUUAGCCGCUUAGCUUCUUCGUUAGCCGCCUUUCAGUUCGCAUUCAAUCAAAAAAAAAAAUAAAAUAAAAAAUCAUGGACCAAAGUGGAGUCGCUGCUCACACGCCCAAGAGCCCGUGGGGCGCCACGACGGGGACGACGGCGGCGACGUGCUCCCUGGCGGAUGUGAUGAGCGAGCAGCUGGCCAGGCAGCUGCAAGAAGACGACGGCAACGCUUCCAGCCCCAGCAGCUCGCCGUCUAUGUUGCCCAGCGACGACGCGGCGGACACGACUAGCGACUUGAUGCUGGCGCAGAUGCUUCAGAUGCAGUUUGACCGAGAGUUCGACGAUCAGCUGCGUCGAGAGGAGAAGAAGUUCAACGGAGACAGUAAAGUGUCCAUCUCCUUCGAGAACUUCCGCAUGGUUCAUCCUUACGAGGACAGCGACAGCUCCGAGGACGAGGUGGACUGGCAGGACACCAGAGACGACCCCUACAGGGCAGCCAAGCCCCAGACUGCCCCCAGAAGAGGUUUCGCCGGGAAAGGCAAAAAUAUCACCACCAAGCACGACGCCGUCGCCUGUGGCAGGAAGAACACGGCGCGCAUGGACAACUUCGCCCCCGAGGUGCAGGUCGGCGACGGUCUGGGCAUGGACCUCAAGCUGUCCAAUCAGGUCUUCAACGCUCUCAAGCAGCACUGCGCCAGCGAGCAGCGGCGAAGCGCCCGGCUGCACGAAAAGAAGGAGCACUCCACCGCCGAGCAAGCGGUGGACCCCCGCACUCGUCUUCUGAUGUACAAGAUGGUCAACGCCGGCGUGCUGGACAGCAUCAACGGCUGCAUCAGCACCGGAAAGGAGUCGGCGGUCUUCCACGCCAACGGGGGAAGCCUGGACGAGCGGCCCGUCCCGGACGAGGUGGUCCUCAAGGUGUUCAAGACCACCCUCAACGAGUUCAGGAACCGGGACCGCUACAUCAAGGACGACUACCGCUUCGUCGACCGCUUCACCAAACUCAACCCCCGCAAGAUCAUCCACUUGUGGGCCGAGAAGGAGAUGCACAACCUCAGCAGGAUGAAGGCGGCGGCCAUCCCGUGCCCGGACGUGGUCCUGCUGAGGAAGCACAUCCUGGUCAUGUCCUUCGUCGGGCGAGACCACGUCCCCGCGCCCAAACUCAAGGACGUGGUGCUGAGCCGCGAUGACAUGAAGGAGGCCUUCCAACAGGUUUUGCACAUGAUGCAGACGCUGUACACCGAGUGUCGCUUGGUCCACGCCGACCUCAGCGAGUACAACAUGUUGUGGCAUCAACAAAAGGUGUGGUUGAUCGACGUGAGCCAAUCGGUGGAGCCGACUCACCCCCACGCCCUGGAGUUCCUCUUCCGGGACUGCAGGAACGUUUCCACGUUCUUCCAGAAGCGAGGAGUGAGCGAGGCCUUGAGCGUCUUCGAGCUUUUCAACGCCGUGUCGGGACUCGACAUUCCCGUCGGUGCGGGAAACGAGGCGGAGUUCGUUGCCCAGAUCGUGGCGUUGGAGAAGCGCAACGAGGACCACGUGCAGCGGCGAGGAAAGAAAGCGUUCGCCCUGGAGGCGGAGGACCCUCCGUUAGAGGCGGACGCCGACGACUAGCCCGCCGCCUCGCCCUCGCUUUGUUUCUCUGGCUCCAUCGCCGCCGCGUCGACGCCGCCUCCGAAAGGCCCCGCCCGCUCACCUCGCUCCCCCGGCGCCGGGCGCAUUUGACGCUUUUCCCGUUAUGGUCACGCUCAGGCUUGGGGGGGCAGCGUGUUCCUCGCGUGUACUUUGUGAUGAGGAAGACCGACGGACGGAACUGAAAAU